AUGUUCUGUGGCAGCUGGUCCAGUCUAUUGGAGACCCUUCCUCUCCCAAAUAUCAAAUGGAUCUGCCCAACUGCUCCGCAACAACCAAUAACUUUAUUUGGAGGCUUUCCUUCAACUGCUUGGUUUGAUGUGAAUGAACUUUCUGAAAAUGCUAUUGAUGAUAUAGAGGGUUUGGAUGCUGCAGCAGCAUAUGUUGCGAGCUUAUUGGCCAAUGAACCCCCAAACAUCAAACUUGGCGUUGGAGGCUUCAGUAUGGGUGCAGCAAUCUCCCUCUACUCGGCAACUUGCUUUGCUCUAGGAAAGUAUGAGAAUGGCAGCCCAUACCCUGCCAAAUUGAGUGCUGUUGUUGGAUUAAGUGGCUGGCUUCCAUGCGCAAAGGAGCUAAUUAGUAAAAUCGAAGGGGUAAAUGAGGCUGCCAGCCGUACUGCAUCCUUGCCUAUUCUGCUUUGUCAUGGAAAAGGGGAUGAUGUAGUUGCUCAUAAAUUUGGUGAGAAAUCUGCCAACAAGUUGUCUUCGUGUGGAUUUCAAGACACGACAUUUAAAUCCUAUUCUUCGCUUGGUCACUAUACUAUACCCGAAGAAAUGAAUGAACUUUGUGCAUGGCUAACUUCAAAACUUGGCCUGGAGGGGACAUCAUGA